CCAAUUAUUACCAUGAUGUGGUGAGAGAGUGCUCAAAGCGAGGCGGAAUUGUGGCGAAAAUUCAGAAUGCCUUCGAGAAUGCAUUUUUCUACGCGUUGAUUAGUGAUGACUUUGACAAUCAGCCUCCAUAUAUUGGAGUUGAGAAGAAACCGAAUGGAAACUGGACGUACGCUGAUGGAACACCUUUAACUUAUCAACAUUGGGCAUCGGAGGGUCCUUGUCCAUCCAAUUGGCUUUACUUUGAUCAGACAAAAUCGUGCUACUAUCUACAGAAUUUCAUCUACCCGGAUAGUCAGCACUGGAAAUACUGGAAUUUCACCGAAGCGGAAGCACUUUGUCAAGGAAUGCAUGGCCAUUUGGUGUCGUUUCAUUCAAAAACCGAGUACGAUUUUGUGAUGGAUCUCAUUGGCACAAACGUGAAUACAACCGAUAAUUUGGGCUUUCUAAGUAUAGACGGACAACACGUGUGCUGGUGGAAAGAUGUGUGGACUGGCUUAGUUGGAACAGGUGUCAUUAACAAUGGAUAUUGGACUGAUGGGACACCCGUUGAUUAUUCACCACCACAUAUCACCAAUCCGGAGGACAGGAAUCAAACUAACAACUGGAUAAUGUGUAACGAUCCUACAUGUGACCCAUCACCCGGUUGGUACACACUACCGGCUGUGGCUAAAUAUUCCCGUUUCAUGUGCAAAAUGCCGGGCAAGAGUCUCAUCGUG